CCGAACACGGCGCCAUAUUGUCAUGUCAGGUUAUUGAUAUUGAAGGAGGAGAAAGUAAUUGCAUUUUAUUUACUUGAAUUGUGUGAAAAUAAGUGAUUUACUGAUUGAUAGCGGCUUAAAUUUUAAAGGCGCAGGGUGCAUAGCUGCAUCCGCUAAACCAUGAGUUAUCAGAUACCAUCAUCACAGAGCCGUACGAUGUCGCACAGCAACUAUGGUGGUUCUGAUGUGCCAAUGGCACCAAGCAAGGAGCAGCAGACACUCAUGUGGCAGCAGAAUUCAUACCUGGUGGAUUCUGGAAUCAACUCUGGGGCGGCCACUCAGGUACCAUCUCUUACUGGCAAAGAAGAUGACGAGAUGGAAGGGGAUCAACUCAUGUUUGAUCUGGACCAGGGUUUUGCCCAAGGGUUUACCCAAGAGCAGGUCGAUGACAUGAAUCAGCAGCUGUCUCAAACCAGGUCCCAGCGCGUCCGAGCUGCUAUGUUCCCAGAGACACUGGAGGAAGGCAUUGAGAUCCCCUCCACUCAGCUGGACCCAGCCCAGCCUACUGCGGUCCAGCGCUUGUCUGAACCCUCGCAGAUGCUGAAACAUGCAGUUGUCAACCUUAUCAACUACCAAGAUGAUGCUGACUUGGCUACAAGGGCCAUCCCAGAGUUGAUCAAGCUCUUAAACGACGAGGAUCAAGUGGUAGUAUCUCAAGCUGCCAUGAUGGUCCACCAGUUGUCAAAGAAGGAAGCCUCAAGGCAUGCUAUCAUGAACUCGCCACAAAUGGUCGCAGCUUUAGUACGCGCGAUCUCUAACAGCAAUGACUUGGAGACAACCAAAGGAGCCGUGGGGACCUUGCAUAACUUGUCUCAUCACCGACAAGGUCUACUCGCUAUCUUCAAGAGUGGAGGAAUACCAGCUUUGGUCAAACUCUUGAGCUCUCCAGUGGAAUCUGUACUGUUCUAUGCCAUAACAACAUUACACAAUCUUUUAUUGCACCAAGAUGGUUCCAAAAUGGCAGUGCGUCUGGCUGGUGGACUUCAAAAGAUGGUGGCAUUACUCCAAAGGAAUAACGUGAAGUUCCUUGCAAUUGUUACCGAUUGUCUUCAGAUAUUGGCUUAUGGGAACCAGGAGUCAAAGCUGAUUAUAUUAGCUUCGCAAGGUCCGAUUGAGUUGGUCCGUAUCAUGCGUUCAUAUGACUAUGAGAAGUUGCUGUGGACCACUUCAAGGGUUCUGAAGGUGCUGUCUGUCUGCUCAAGCAACAAACCAGCAAUUGUUGAAGCAGGUGGAAUGCAAGCCCUGGCUAUGCAUCUUGGCAACCCCAGUGGUCGUUUGGUCCAGAACUGCCUUUGGACUUUGAGAAAUCUCUCCGAUGCUGCUACCAAGGUGGAAGGACUGGAAGGUCUGCUUCAGAGUUUGGUACAAGUGCUGGCUUCUACCGAUGUUAACAUUGUGACUUGCGCUGCCGGCAUACUGUCCAACUUGACCUGCAACAACCAGCGUAAUAAGGUGACAGUAUGCCAGGCGGGUGGUGUCGACGCCCUAGUGCGUACCGUGGUGUCGGCUGGCGAUCGUGAGGAGAUCACUGAGCCGGCCGUGUGCGCGCUACGUCACCUCACUUCGCGUCAUGUUGAGAGUGAGAUGGCACAGAACGCUGUCAGACUGCAUUAUGGAUUGCCAGUGAUAGUGAAACUGCUGCAGCCGCCGUCCCGCUGGCCACUGGUGAAGGCGGUGGUGGGGCUGGUGCGCAACCUGGCGCUGUGCCCGGCCAACCACGCGCCGCUACGCGAACACGGCGCCGUGCACCACUUGGUCCGACUCUUGCUACGUGCUUUCAACGAUACUCAGAGGCAACGCGGUUCUGUUUCCGGCGGCGGGGGUACGGGCGGCGCUUACGCGGAUGGAGUUCGUAUGGAAGAGAUAGUGGAAGGCGCGGUCGGGGCCUUACACAUUUUAGCACGCGAGAGCCUCAACCGCACGCUGAUCCGACAGCAGAACGUCAUCCCGAUAUUCGUGCAGCUACUGUUCAACGAGAUCGAGAACAUACAACGUGUAGCGGCCGGAGUACUGUGCGAGUUAGCUGCAGACAAAGAAGGGGCCGAAAUGAUAGAGGCCGAAGGGGCUACGGCCCCGCUCACGGAGCUGCUUCAUUCACGCAAUGAAGGCGUAGCGACGUACGCGGCGGCCGUGCUGUUCCGCAUGUCGGAGGACAAGCCGCACGACUACAAGAAGCGCCUGUCCAUGGAGCUCACCAACUCGCUGUUCCGCGACGAUCACCAGAUGUGGCCCAACGACCUCACCAUGCAAUCCGACCUGCAGGACAUGCUCGGGCCCGAGCAGGGCUACGAGGGCCUGUACGGGACGCGGCCCUCCUUCCACCAGCAAGGCUACGAUCAGAUACCGAUAGAUUCAAUGCAGGGCCUAGAAAUCGGCAGUGGAUUUGGAAUGGACAUGGACAUUGGCGAAGCAGAUGGCGGCGGCGCUGCAUCAGCAGACUUGGCCUUUCCUGAGCCUCCGCACGACAACAACAAUGUCGCCGCCUGGUACGACACCGACCUUUGAACUGAGCAACGACACAACAGUAGUCUAAGAGCCCAAGAACAAGAUGAGUACAAAAUAAUAAUAGUAAAUUCAUGAAAUUAUUAGUGUUUUCAGAACAGAGAAUAGAAAUACUGGGUCCCUAGUUUUGUGUCGUUCAAUUUCUACUAACUUCAUAGAUUAUAACAGUUGAUUCUUCCCCUAAUUUACUUCUUGUGCUCUUACGCUAUUAAAGGAUUUCGUUUCAAUGUACUGGACGAACGGGAGUUUUAUUUCGAAUGUUGUUUUAAGGUAUAUACAUAAUGUUCAAACGAUAAAGCGAAACAGACCUUAAUACUAAUGUCAAAUAAUGUUUUUUAAAUCAUAAUCUUUCCCAGCUUUUGCUAGAAUAUUAUAAAAAUUUGAAACAAAAAAGAACACAUUUGCCCGUUAAGAAAGUGUCAUAAUAAAGUGGCAUUUUAAGAAAUUUUCUUGCAAGCCAGUUGAUACGAUAUGUAGCUGUUUAUCAAGUAUGUAUUUACCUUAAAAAUAAAUCGCGCGUUGAUAAGUUAUUGUUAUUACGAAUAAAAAAUACGAUUAAGUUUUUAUCCCACGACAAUUAAUGUACAAUUAUUCUGUUGCAACUUGAAUAUUAAUUUGACUACCGUUAUUCGAAGAUUAAUUGAUUUGAAACUUAGUGCCUAUCUCAAAUUAGCUACGCUUCAAAUAAGGUAAGUGAAUUAAUAAGCGUUUUAUUAGUAGGUAAAACGUAUUCAUUUUUGACUGUACUGUUAUUCGAAGCUUAACUAAUUUGAGAUAGGCACUAUGUUUCAAAUUAAUUAAGCUUCGAAUAAGUUAGUUAAUUUAUUAGCCGGUAAAAUGCGUUCAUUAACAUUAAGAUCUCAUAAAAAUUCCUGUCAAUCAAAAUAAAAAAUGUCAUUUUUCUCGCAAGAGUUUCAAAUCAUUAAAUAUGUUCAAUUCUGUGAUAUUACAUUCUUUGAACAUACUUAAUUAUCAAAGGCAGCUGUUAUAUAAAAAUCAGUAAACAUUAAGACGUGCAAAUUCUCAAAAUCAAUAUCAGAUAUAGACGAAUGAAUCAGUGAAAUAGAAGUUAGCUUUAGGCAUGAAAUAGAAAUUAUAAAGGCUAUGUAUUAUUUAUGUCUACUUUUGUGGUACAUUUAUUGAAUGUAUCAUUUGCAGAAAUGUUGUUUGUUUUUUCUAUUUCAUUCGUAGAGUAAAUCUUUGAUUUUUCCUAUUACAACAAAAAAGUGCAUCAUUCAUAAAAGUUUUAUAGAUAAUUCUUAUAAAUCUACAUCCUUCUUUUUUAUUUCUGAAGGCAAGGAAAAUCUUAAAUAAUAUUAUUGGUGCUAUUUUGAAAUGAGCAAUUCAUAACUACUUAUAAAAAAAGUAUUCGAAAUUAUUAUUGAGAAAAUCGACUAAAUAUGAUCGCCCUGCAUUGAUUAUAUCGAGUUUUGUACGCGAACGUAUGAAAUGCGUGUAAUCGGAAAAUAGGGUAUUGUUUACAUUAUAAGAUAUGACAUAGGCUUUAAAGUAAUACUUGAUAGAAAGUACGAUUCAUCUAAAUAUGUACGUGCAUUUAUGGAGUUUGUAGUGUGUUUUUUUUUUUUAAUUUGCUGAAUGACUUUUUUAUUUAAACAAUGCAUAAGACUGUUUGAUUGUGUAAGAAUUUUAUUUUAUAUUGACGAUUGACUGCCAUUAUGUUUAUUUUGGGAUACGCGCACACCUAGGUACAUACGUUUACGUUUGCUCGCUUUUUCGUGUAUAAAGGCCAGAUUCGAUACUUUUAGUAUCAGCGAUUGGCAAUUUAAUUGCUUUUUGGAAGCUGGAUGAACGGCCCGCUCUGCGCACAUAUAAUUGCAGUCGCAGUGAUCAAGUCGAACUUAUAUUUAUUAUUUUAAUCCAGCGAUCAAACGCAAUGCAGCAUCGAUGCGUUUGCGAAAUCGCCGAUCGCUGAUUCUAAAUGGAUCGUGUAUGCUAUAGCCCUUAUUUCUUCAUAGGUGCUUGCUAAUUCUGUUUUACACAAAUCAUAAACUAAAUCAAUAAAGUAGCGCUAAAUCAAUAAAUCCUUUUCUGAACAGAAUAUUUUAAAAAGGAAAGCACUAUUAUAUAAAGAACAAUCAAUUUAUUUUUUAGUUUUGUGUAUAACGGAAUUAGAACUAUCAUCCUUGUGUACAACGUUUACAAGCAGUAAAUGUUAAAAUAUUACAUAAGGCGUUGCUUUAACAGGCUGCAUUGGAAUUCAUAGUCAAGAUGGGGGGGGGGGGGGGGGGGGGGGCAUUCAGAUGACAUGUGUCAUAUUCAAUCUUUAUGCAAUGUAAUAAGGUUGUAUAUGACACGAUAUGUCGUGUGAAUGGCCCCCUAAAGAAGCCUCUAUCUUGAUUAUAAAUUCCAGUGUUAAAUAGCAAUAGCGCUGUAACAAAAGCUUUUCAAGUGGCGAAAAUCCAAAAAAAUCAACUCAAAUGAGCGUGUCCAAAUCAGGCAGCAUUGCUGGUUAAAAUAUGGGUUAUUUGCCAUCGAUUAUUCGGCCGAGGCAACCUGCGCUCGAUGAGUCACGAGGCAUGCCAAGUUAUUCGACUAUUUGGCUCGCGAGGCAACCGCACGAGUCCGUGCGCUUGGUGUGGACACGCCUGUUUGCGUACGAAUAGUGAUCAAAUAUAAACGUAUAAGUUAAUGCAGUCUUGAUUGUGACCUAUGAAUGCAAUUUGAACAAAUGUAAUGUUGUCUUGUAUAAACUGUUUUUUUUUUUAUUACUGAUUUGGCUAAAAAAAUUGUUCCAUUACGAAACAUUGAUGCGAAAAAUGCGAUAGUCGCAAUCAAUUAUUCUAUUGCUAAGUGAUUGUGCCGAUAAAUAACCAAAGCAUCAAUCACAAGUUUUUCGUAAAUAUUGUUAAAAGUAACGUUUUACAGGACAAAUUAUAUUGUUUUAUUCAAGUUCUAUACGAAAUAUGAUAUGACUUAGGAUACGUAUUUGAGAAGAUUGGUUCUCCUUUUUCAGUUGCCAAUUUUAUUGGACAAUGAACAAACUAAUUAAUUAUAAUUUCGAAUGUAAUAGAAAUAGUGGAUUUAUCAAUUAAAACCGUGUUUAACGAUGAAAGGAUGAUUUAUUAAAUUAUGUAAUACAUAAUAAUCGGUAGAAACCCCUUAAUUGCUGUUAAGGUGCGUCUACACUAUAGGUACAACUUAGGCAUAGUGCAAGUUCGUGCCAAAAACAAUAAUUUUUUGCUGAAUGUAUUUUCAAUAUCAAUUAAUGUGGUACAUAUUUCUUUAUAAUGUACCGUUUACACCUUAUUGAAGUUGACAUAAACUUUAUUCAAAAAUUAACUUUAGGUUUUUACGCAUUACGGUGUAUACGUAUCUUAACAAAAAUGUGUUCUAUAAUAAAAUAAUGAUAUCAAAAUGUUUAGGAGAUGCACACUAACGUAACAACAUACACGUAGACUUAGAUUAUUGUAACCGUAUGUGUAAGAUUUAGUAUUAAUUAUUGUGUAAUUCCUUUUAGGGUCCUCAUAUAUAAUUUUUCUAUUUGAUAUUUUAAGUAUCUUUACCAAUGUUUUUAUACUAGUUCGGUUAUGAAGACAUUGCUGAAGCCAUGAGGUUUUGUCCAUAUAUGUAUGGAUAUUAAAUUAAAUUUAAAA